AUGCUUUCAUUGUCUGUAUUCUUUUUGUUCGUGCGGCUCUAUUGCGCAAUAACCGUGACAGCAACAAUUGCCGCAGCGACAGCAGUAGGGGAUGCUCGUUCGAGCAGCAAAUGUACCAGUCGCCCAUUUUUCUAUGCGUCGGAUUGUCUUGAAAUGAACGAGUGUGCAUGGUGUUGUGAACGGCCUAUAGGCCAGCAGUGUUUUGAUAAAUUUGACAAUAAUUCCGUGGAACCGCCUUGCAGUGACUAUGCCAUUGUAACAAAUCGCGAUACAACAUGUGGACAGCUUUGCUCUGUGAAAUAUGAUGACUGUGAAAGCUGUGAAAUGAGAAAUUGGUGUUACUUUUGCAUUUCCACUUCCACGUGCCAGCCUCCAUAUGCGUCUUGCAGAAAUGGUGAAGUCAUUCAAUCUUGUAAGAUGCGUGAAAAGGAGGAUGGGGGUAGCAAUUAUUACUUUACAGUAACCAUUGGGGUAGGAGGCGCACUUAUGGUAUUUGCACUUAUUGCAGCUUUGAUUUUGUUGUCCCUACAAUUACGCCGGCGGGAACAGGAUGAGCAACAAAAUUUUGUCGAGGAAGGAACACCUUUUCUUCGAGAUACCACCACUGUCGAGGAGAAUACUAAUGUCCAACCUGUUACAACGACGGCAACAGCUCCUACUACUGUUAUAACUGCCUCUGGCAUCAUGCCCAGCAACAUCACUACUACCAAUAAUGAUAAUAAUGAAAAUGACAACAGCACCAACGAGUAUAAUAUUCAUGACACUGAAAAUAGUGAUAGGGAUAGUCAUGAUUUGGCGACAAAUGCGCCUGCCGCGGUGGCAUCGGGCGAGGAGCCCCCUGCAGCACGUGAUUUUAGGGAGGAAGAGGGGGCAGAAGUGCGUCUGCCAACACCCCGGUCAGCGAAGUUCAGUACGGGGGAGGAUGAUUCUGUCUGUUUUCUGUGCCUUGAUGCCAGUCCUUCCGUGACGUUUCUUCCAUGCUAUCAUACCUGCUGCUGCGAAACAUGCAGCAACAAACUACGCCCAACACGCGGCGAUGUGUUGACGUGCCCUUUUUGUCGAACCAAGAUAGUGGCGAUGGUCAGCCUUCAUAGUGUCUUGGCGCAGGCAGGUUUAUCGUGA